AACGACAACAAAUAACGCGAGUGCGGGUACAGAUUUAUAAUUCAUGCAGAUUGACUAACAAAUAGACGUUACAAAAUUGAUUUGUGUAUGUGCACACGUACAACUUGUGUAUUUGAGAAAGGCCAUGUGCUCGUCGUUGGUAACGUAAUUUCCGAUUACCUGUUCCUCCCGUUCAUGCUUCUGACAGCACACCAGUGUGGAUUUCAGUAUGUUACAUGACCGAAGAGGCUGUUUGUGUUGUUAUUUGCAAAAGCAAGCUUUUAUAAUAUGCCGUGUGAAGCUGCCGCUCACUUCUUAAUUCUGUACGGAUCUCAGCGUGGUCAGGCUCAGUCUAUAGCAGAAGAGAUCUGCCAACAAGCCGCUGAGCAUGGAUUUACAGCAGACAUCAGCUGUCUGAGCAAGCAUGACAAGUACAACCUAGACAGUGAAAGCCGCCCAGUCGUUUUUGUGGUUUCCACUACCGGUGAUGGUGACCCUCCAGACACCGCUCUGAAGUUUGUAAGAAAAAUCAAGAAUAAAUCUCUGCCACACGACCAUCUUUCUCAUCUGCGGUAUGCACUGUUAGGUUUGGGAGACACAAAUUAUGCUAAUUUCUGCAAUGGUGGGAAGACCAUAGACAGCUACCUGCAGAAACUUGGUGCUAAACAUUUCUAUGCCACUGGACAUGCAGAUGAUGGCACUGGACUAGAAGUAGUGGUGGAUCCUUGGAUCGAGGGACUUUGGGACGCUCUGAAAAAGGCAUUUUCCACCAUGUCCACUUCAGAUCAACAGACCCUCAGUGACUGUACGCAGGACAGUAAUCAUCAAAAUGCAUCUGAUCAAAAAAAAAAUCUAGAAGUUGAUCUUCAACUUUUAAAGCUGAGUGAAGUAGACUCGCCAAAAGGAAAAACUGUUACAUCUGACAGCAUUGCUACAGAGAUCGGCUCUACUUCAUCGGUUGCAUCUUUGAAGGAAUCUGUCCCACCAUUGUCAGAGUCUGUGCUUAAUGUUCCUGCUCUUCCUCCUUCAUAUCUGGAGAUCCUGUUGGUGGGGACAGAAAAUGUAGAGGAGACAGUCCUGCCUGAUAAAGACGGUUAUUUUGAAGUGCCAAUUUCGAAGGCAGUUCAAUUAACUCAAGAUGAUGCAGUGAAAACUGCCAUCUUGCUGGAGCUUGAUAUUUCGCAGCAGCAGGAGCAGGUUUAUCAGCCUGGAGACGCUUUUGAUAUUCUCUGUCCAAACAGAGACAGUGAGGUUGAAGAGCUGCUGCUCAAACUGGAUCUGCAAAUGCAAAAGAACUGCACCGUUCAAGUUAAUCUGCUUAAAAACACCAGCAAGAAAGCAGCAAAAGUUCCACUUCACAUCCCACAGAAUGGCUCUUUGCAGUUUAUUCUCACCUGGUGUUUAGAGAUAAGGAGCACUCCGAAAAAAGCAUUUUUGCGAGCGUUGGUGGACUUCACUCAAAACGCUUCAGAGAAAAGAAGGCUUUUGGAACUGUGUAGUAAACAAGGAUCGGCCGACUACAACAGCUUUGUCAGAGACUCAAGUGUGUGUGUGCUGGAUCUCCUUCGGGCCUUCCCAUCCUGCUGCCCCCCACUCAGCCUUCUCUUUGAACACUUGCCAAAGCUUCAACCCCGAGCCUACUCCGCCGCCAGCUCCAGCCUUCAGCACCCGGGGAAAGUUCAUUUGGUGUUCAAUGUUGUGGAGUUCCCAGCACGUCCCGAGCAUCCGGCGAGGAAGGGGUUGUGUACGGGCUGGCUGGUCGAUCACGUCUCCUCAAUCUUGGAGCCUCAUGGGACGGCACUGGCUUCAGAGCGUCCAGGCACAUCAGCCCUGCCGAAGGUACAUGUCAGAGCUCGUCCCAGCAGCACCUUCCACUUACCAUCCGACCCCUGUGUUCCUGUAGUCAUGGUUGGACCUGGGACUGGUGUUGCACCUUUUAUUGGAUUUCUCCAACAGAGAGAAAAAGAGCGUGAAGCAAACCAGGAGGCGACUUUCGGAGAGAUGUGGCUGUUUUUUGGAUGCCGUCACAAAGACAAAGACUUCCUUUUCAGAGAGGAGCUGGAGAAAUUUGUGCAUAAUGGGACCCUGAGCCAUCUGAUUGUGUGCUUCUCCAGAGAUGAACCCGAUGCUGCGGAAACCGUUAACAGACCAACAUAUGUCCAGCAUAACUUGAUCCUCCAUGCUAAAAAUCUUGCCAAAAUUCUCCUGGAAGACAAAGGCUGCCUUUAUGUCUGUGGGGAUGCUAAGAACAUGGCAAAGGACGUGAAUGACACUUUACUGGAGAUCAUUGGAAACGAACUUCAGCUUGAUAAACUGGAUGCAAUGAAGAUAGUGGCAGGACUUCGCGAGGACAAGCGGUAUCUACAGGACAUCUGGAGUUGAGAAAGCACACAUAAAUUACACGAACAAACGGCAUCACAUUCACAGACAGAUGUGCAAGCUACUUUUUUGCUCACAUCUGUGACACAGGUGCCAUUUAGUGAUAGUCAAGCUCAUUAACAACCUGCUUUUCAAUAUUUUUUCUCUUCUUUUCAAGUAUUUAGAGAAUUAUCUGAGGCUCGAUAUGGUCGGAUUAGAUAUGUUUGGUGGAAGUGUUUUAACUGUGCCUUUUAUGCAAUUAUUAAAGAGGAGCACUGCA